CCGGAAAUGAAGCCUUAAGGCGGAAGUGUAGGCCUAGAGCCGCGGGUGAUCGAGGCUUUCUGUGAGGAACGAAACCAAAAGCUGGCAAAAAAUCUAGAAAACAAACUUACAGAAGGUAAAGAUUGACUGAUUAAUGGCUUUCAGAGAAACGAGCACGUCGAAAUAAGACAAUCUGCACGUCUGACGCCACCGGAGGACAACGACUUUCCGGUACCUGGUGACCCACCAUUAGCCUCCUCUGCCUCCGUGUACAGCUGCUCAUCCCCUUCCCUACCUGACUUUGAGGUCUGCGGGGUUUCCAAGUCUGACAAGGGGAUUUAGGCUUCUGUGUUUAACUAUGGCGGGUAGGGGAGGUGCCGCACGACCUAACGGGCCUUCCGCAGGCAACAAAAUUUGCCAGUUCAAGCUGGUGCUGUUGGGGGAGUCAGCUGUGGGCAAGUCCAGCCUCGUCCUGCGUUUUGUCAAAGGCCAGUUCCACGAGUACCAGGAGAGCACGAUUGGAGCUGCUUUCCUCACACAGACGGUCUGUUUGGAUGAGACUACGGUAAAGUUCGAGAUCUGGGACACAGCAGGACAGGAGCGGUAUCACAGCCUCGCACCGAUGUACUACAGAGGGGCACAGGCUGCCAUUGUUGUUUUUGACAUCACUAACACAGAUACAUUCACACGAGCUAAAAACUGGGUAAAGGAACUUCAGAGGCAAGCCAGUCCCAACAUUGUCAUCGCCCUGGCAGGAAACAAGGCUGACCUCGCUAGCAAGAGAGCCGUCGAAUUCCAGGAAGCACAAGCCUAUGCAGAUGAUAACAGUUUGCUCUUCAUGGAGACGUCUGCCAAGACUGCGAUGAACGUGAAUGAAAUUUUUAUGGCCAUUGCAAAGAAGCUACCAAAAAAUGAGCCUGCGAACGCUGCCGGCCCUGCCGGCAGACCCAGAGGAGUGGACCUACAGGAGAACAGUCAGGAGAAUCGGAGUCAGUGCUGCGGAAACUGAACUAAGUGGCCUUCCCGGAAGCAGCUGACCAGCCUGUCAACUGGCUGACCGAGCGACCAACACUUGUAUGAAGCAAAAAAAAAAUCAAAUUAAAGACCAGAGCAAUCGCACUUAACGGAGAGAGGAAGUGACUGAUAGCAGCUCCACGGGGGGGUGAUGACUCCAUUGAAAUGUGUCUACGCUGUACAAAUACUAAUUCAAUUUUAUGUCUUAAGUUCCUUUUUUUUUUUUUUUUAAUAUAUGAUAUGAACUCGCUCUCUGACCCUCUCUAAUGGUGGCGGAUGCAUGUAGCAGUGUCUGUCUCUCUCCUUUUUUCGCUCUUUACCUUGCCCUUCUACAUUUUUACAGUUUUCUUGAUUAUUAUUGUUGUACAUUUAUCGUUGCUGUUCACAUUAUGAGUACCAGGCUGAAGACAAUUCUAGAUUAGACCUUCUGUUUUCUUUCUUAAUCAUUCACGUGUUAUGGAGACCACACGCACUUGCGGUAAUUAACAGUCAUUAAGUACCAAUAAGUCAUUCGUAGUAUUAAUGGCAAUCUUUAGAUCUUUGUAACAAGUGACAACCAAAUUGAAAAAAAAUAAAAUCUAAUGAGUAUUGCAGAAGAAGAUCUCGGGUAAAGCAUCUCCUGCCUGAACCUGCUCAACACCUUUACCUAGAAAGUAUUUUCUUGCCUCACUUGAACCUGUGUCUUUGUGUGUGUGUGUGUCCAUGUUGGCCCAGAGUACUUGUUUGCCAUCCUCCUUGCACUUCCAGCUUUUGGUUUAUUCUGCCAUUGCCUUCACUUUGUGCUAGCGGGGGACCCUCUAGGAGACGCCGCUGCCGCCUUACUGCUGCAAAACUGUAGGGGGAAAGAUGGCGGGCAGGGUGAGGCCUAGUGAGAUGCUUUGUCGAUUUAAAUAAAACGUAUGCUUAAAGAUUAUUUAAUUGAAUUGUAGGAUGUAAAAAAAAAAAAAAACAGAAAAAACAAUAAAUGACUUGUGAGCACACUGA